UGAAACUUUAAAUUGUCUGUAAAAACUGUUAAACUUGUGGACAGGAUGGAGUAGUUUGCUGUUAAAAUUAUGCCAUGAUCAUAAUCUUCUAAUCCAAAACCCAGCCACUCUUGUUCUUUCAUUUUCUGGAAACAUUGAAAAUAACAGGAAAAAGCAACAAGCAGCAGUCUCUCAGCUUUCCAGUUGAAGUGGGUAAUCAAAUCAAGUAGGGAUCAAGAUAUGGGAAGAAAUUUUGCGGUGGAGCUAGAAGGCAGGUCUUACAGAUGCAAGUUUUGUGUCUUUUCAUUGCCGCCGGGGAAAGGCAUACCUCUUCAAUAAUGUCUGCAUACUAUGGAGUUAAUGAUUUCAGGGUGAACAUCACAAUUGGAACCUUAGAGGAGAGAAUGAUGCUUUCGGGAUUGCAUACUGUGGCAGAUACAUUUUGCUGCUGUUGCGGACAAAUAGUUGGCUGGAAAUAUGAGGCAGCACAUGAAAAAGGCCAAAAAUAUAAAGAAGGAAAGUACGUUCUUGAAAGAGGGAGGAUUGUUGAUGAGAUGGACUUGUCAACUGGAGUCUUUAUCGACUCCCGAACUGGAUUAAUUUGGAUUGACAUAUUUCGGCUUGGGGCAAAAAGACAAGAAGGUAAAGUUUUAUAUCUGAAAACAGCUCAGGUGGCUUCUUCCGUUGCCUGCCAUUUGAAAGGUAUAAAAUGGCAUAGUUUGAAAUAAUAGGACUUUAUGAAUCUUUACCAGUUCUAAGAUUAGCAAGAGUACACUAGUUCUUGAGUUAUUCUAAUAUGAAGAGUUUUUUAUUUGUUUUUGAGGAUGAACUCUUCUUUUGCAUAUCUAUAAAAUGGUAUUUUGGAUUUAAAAGAAAUUUUUUUUUUUUGGCUUAUUUAUCAUCUUGCAAUGUUAAGUAUUAUGGAAUGUUAUAGUAAUUUUUCUUUUAAUUACAAGUAGGGGAAAAGAGACUCGAACUUGAGACUUUACUCAAGUUGACAUAUGUAUUUAUUGCCUAACUGAUCUCAUGGAUAGAGAUGGCAAACGAGCAGGUCGAAUCGGGUUCGUAUAAGAUCAUUUCGAGUUUCAGAUAAUUUUGGAUUGGCCAUUUUAAGUUCGAGUCUUCUCGGCUUUAGGUAAUUUUAGGUAUGAAUGUUGGGUUUUGCUAGUUUCGGGUUCGGGUUGGAUCGGGUUUUAGUUGAACCUAGUUCGGGUCUUUCUAGCUUUGCUUUUUGUUUUUUUUUUUUCGGAAUUCGGAUCAUUACAAGUUCGGUUCGAGUCAGGUUUGAAUAAAAUUUAGUUCGGUUGCCUUGAAUUUCAGGUCGAGUUUUGAAUUCAAGUUAAAUUUUAUGACUAAUUUUUCUAAUUUUAUUUUUUGA